UGUUGACUCUGAAUUUCUAGCGACACACGAAGCUCGAAGCGUAUCUUUCUCAAGCGGCUCGACGACGCGACGCGGCUUUGCGUGCAUCCGUUGUUUGCGUUACGGGUUUGCAUACGAGUGCGUUCAUUAGAGGUUUCGAAAGUCGGUGUCUAUGGUUCACGGACCUUUUUAUUGCCGGUUAACGCAGGGGCUAGAACAAUGAGAAUCAACGAAGGAAAUCCUGUGGCGACCGCUGCGUUUUCUUCGGAACCGAUGACCACUUCCACCGGAAGCCCGGACGACGAUUAUCCGGCGAAUUCAGAACUUCCCCUUCCUCUCACGACACUCUCCGUCGAGGAUUGUGUUUACAAAGGCGAAGGGAAUGCUAACAUCGUUAUUGGACUCCCGCAAGAGCACAAGGUAAUUCGAUUCCGGAAGUCGUCACCAGACGAUGUUCCACCAGAUGGCGGCAAACAACGGGCUGAACGAGAAGUGGAAUUCGUGAGAAGCGUUGCUUCCUGCUUUUUGGGCCGGUACACGCAGAUCCCUGAGAUUCUUCGGUGCGACGCAAAAGACAUUGCCAGACUUUCGGAAGCCAUUCAAACGCACCGCCCAGAAAAACGGCGCAACAAAAUAAUCACAGAGACUCACGUCACGAAAUACCCAGAUUAUACUUUCCUACAAACAAAAAGCAAUGUGAAUUUAUUUCGAAGCAACAAAACGUUCUGCGUCGAAAUCAAACCAAAGCAAGGGUACUUGAGAGAGGAUAAUUGUAAAUUUCAGAAAUGUCCGUACUGUUUGAUGCAGUAUCAUAAGCUGAAGAAGAAAGUGAUACAAACCCGAAGCUCCUAUUGUCCACUUAAUCUUUUCUCCGGAGUGCCGCAUCGAAUGAAAUCAGCUUUAAAGGAACUCCUAGCGUCUCCUCAAAACAACUUAAAAAUAUUUAAAGACGGCGUGGUUGUUUACAAUCAAGAAUCAUCUUCGAACGAUUUGGAAAAUGUUCUGACGGAGUGGUUUCUCAAUUCCGUGUCCAGUAAAACAACGAAGGAAUACAUCGACGAAUUCUGCAGCUUGAUCUGUGCUUCGCUUCUACAUUCGUUCCCUCAAGACAGAUUCAAGCCUUGUCCUGAGUACGAAUUAUGCACUUCCACUAGACAAGACCUUGAACCAACUACUUAUAUUAACACGGACAUUGCUGCAAAGGCAAAAAAACUUCUUUACUUCGCUGCUGAGGUAAAUGAAUGUAAUUUGAAAGCUGAAACUCUGCCAAAUAAUUGUCUGCUUGAAAGGAUUUUACACAUGCAGAAACUACCCUUUGUUAGUGCAGAGUACGUGUAUAAUAUACAUUCAAAAUUGCGACCAUUAUUAAACGACAAUAUGGUAUAUGACAAUUUAGCACAAAUGCAGAUGCUUUGGAAUCAUCGAAAACAAUAUUGUAAAUCUGCGAAAGCUGGCACAGAAACCGCAAUGACUUCGCAAGAAACCCACUUGAGAACAUGUAUAAAAUGUAUCCAGAUUUCAAACAGAGCGAAGCGCAAGUACAAUUGUGAUGAAAAUAAAAAUGUUAAUUUAGGCACCGAGGGAAUUGCAGAUAAUGGCCAUGUUGAAAAUAUUUCCCGUCUCGGCAAAUCAAAUUUAUUUCCUAUGUAUUUGGAAGAUAACGUUAUAUUCCGUAAUAAAUCUGAUAGGAUACAAAAAGCAGGCAAUAGGUAUUGCAACAAAGAAGAAGAAAUGGAUUCAGCUAUAAGCUCUAGAGAUAUACUAUGCUUGCAGAAUUAUGUUUUAUUUUCGUGUGCCAGGGAUUGCUCAAUACUACUAGCGUUUCGAGAAUUAAAUCUAGAUACACUGUCAACCCCAAAAGAAGGCGUAAUAAAACUCUCCAGUGGACUUAGUUUUCUAUGUGACGCCGGAAUUUCGGAUUUAGAUCCUAAAAGUCUUCAAUGCAUCGAAAAACAUCGUCAACGAGAUACUGAUAUCUUAAACUCCGUAAUAAACGUCUUGGAAGAGAAGCUAAUGCUUAAGAAUCAGUCAUCGAGAAAACAAAGUUUGUAAUAAUACCAGUAGAAUGUGUCAUAAAUAACUUCCUCCUACGCAGUAAAAUUUUAUUAAAUAUUAA